AUGAUCCUUCAUUGUCUAACAGAUGAUGUAAAAUCCGAGGAUUGGAUAGAAAUUCGAAAAAAAAGUCAAAUAAAAAGAAUUGUUGUUGUUGGAAUCUCAUCGUUUGGUGGAAGAUUAUUUGGUGUGUCAGGCAAUCCUGUUAAUGAUGAAACCAAGAGAAACCUUUAUGCUUUUAAUAGAAUAUUUGGGGCUAAAUGUGUAAUUAAUCCACGGUUUAGCAAUUUGAAACAGUUUUUAACAGUUGACUUAACCAAUGGAAAUAUCAAAGGAAGGCUUAUCAAGUCCUUUGAAAGAAGUAAAGAAAAAGAUAAGAUUGUAAGAUUGUUAUUAAGAACAGACAACAUGCCCUUUUAUGGAUACAAAGUUCCAGCUUAUCCAGUGAAAGAAAGACAUUUGCCUGAUAAUUGGGUUCAAACUACUCUUGAUUCUACUCCCACUAAUCCCGCUAAUGAAUUCUUGUUUGUAGGAUGCAAAUCAGAACAGUAUUGGGCACAUAUUGUCAUAAUUAACUAUGACCAAGAUGUCAUUUGUAAUGAACAGUUUAAAUUUGAUGGUCCAUCUGCUAGUAAUGAUAUUAGAGGAUUGCAUGAAAUGAAAAGUGUAAAGGAUAUGCAAACCAUUUUAUUGUCUUUUAUCACUAAACAAACAAAAUUAGUUGGUCAUUCCUUAGAAAGAUAUUUAAAAUUAUUAAAAUACGCACACCCGCAUAUUAUUGAUACAUCGAUUCUAUAUCAAGAUAAUAAUGAAUUAUAUUCAAGACCAACAUUAAGCUUUCUUAAAGCAACUUUGUAUAAAAUUACAUUGGAAGUUACUAAUACUCCAGAGGAAGAGGCAAAUGCAAUUCUUUCUUUAUAUAAAUACACACUUGAACGAGGUCCUUAUGUAGGAAAAAGCAAAGAAUCUUUAAUCAACGUUUUAAAUAUAAGUAAUAGAUCCACUGUAUUCAUUGAUCAUAGAGAUAAAUUUCAGUUAUUUGGUGGUGGUUCAACUUCUAAUGCAAAUCUUGUUUUAUGUACCAACGAUGAAGAGGCACUUAUUGAAAAGAGCCUCCUUGAAAACAUUAAAAGAUCGAGUUUCGUAUGGGCACAUUUUCGAGAUCUUAAAAGAUUUCCAAAUGGGGAAGACCAAUUAAAAUGUUUAAAAGCCAUUAACGAUAGAAUAGAUAAUUUAUAUAAUAAGCUAUCUACGAACAGUGUUCUAAUGGUCAUUGGUGAACCGAAAAAAGAAAACAACGAAAAAGGGAUCGCUUUUAUUAGAGUUAAAAAUUAG